AUACCUGUAAGAAGACAAAUAUUGCAUUAAAUGAUGUUAUAUCAUCAGUGGAGCUUAUUCGAUGUGAACGUGUACAAGUGCAGUGUAACGGUCACGUUCCUCUUAUGAGUAUUGAUAAUUCAGAUUCUGUACAAGUGUUUUUACCUAAAGAAGCCCGUGGUAUUGAGAUUAUUUCUUCUAAAUCAUCAUCCUGCAAUGUAUGCCUGUUAGAACCUGAUGGAACUUAUACUGAAUUCCCGGUGCCUGAGCAAAUCAAGACAGUUGUUGUAGGUGGACAAAUUACAUCAACUGUUGUUGAAAAUAAUUGAUUUGUUAGUUAAUAAUAUGUGCUGUUUGGUUUUUCUUCCUUUAGUUUAUGUAAGAGGUUGUGAAAUUUUUCAGUGCAGUUGUUCAUUUCAUAGACUGGAUAAAAUAUAAAUUUUUUUGCUGAACUAAACUCAUUUUGAUACAUUAUUCUUUGUUCCAAUGCGUAAAAUUUGUAUUCAUUUUUGAUGUUUUUGAUAACUUUGUAUUUUCUUUGUGUAUGUAAGUAAAAGUAUUAACAUCUAAUUUCUGAUGCAUCUGGCUCACUCAUUGUAACAUUUCAUUAAUUUGUAAGUUUGGAGUAAUAAAGUUUGAAUUUCCAUACUCUUA